AUGUGGAACGACGAAGAAGACAAUAACCCCUACGGGACCAGCUUCGACCGCCGAGACUCGCAAACGUCAUCCUCGGUGAACCCUACUUCUCCGACCACCCGCGACAUCAACUCCUACGAAUCUGCCGCAACACCAUCGGGCAGCGACGAUGAGGCGCCUGCGUUUGGCCAGAGCGCUACCAGCGGUGGCCUUGAUACUGCAGACACCACUCAGGAUGAUGCGCCUCCCAAGCGCAAGCCAGGCGGGUAUGCUAGCCGCAUUGAGCAGGUCCUCUAUGAGAAUCCAGACCUGCAAAUCAUCAUAACAGACGCCGGCAAGAGCCUGGAGAGUGGUGGCCGACACAUUGUGUAUACCAUCCGUACCGGGGACCUCGAAGUCCGUCGAAGAUACUCGGAAUUCGCCUCGCUCAGAGACGCGCUCACCCGCUUGCAUCCGACCCUCGUAAUUCCACCGAUCCCCGAGAAGCACACCAUGGCGGACUAUGCGGCCCAUCCUACGAGCGCAAAGCAAGACCAGCAGAUUAUUGAUCUUCGAAAGCGCAUGCUUGCAGUCUUCCUGAAUCGUUGCCGCUGCAUGGAAGCAGUCCGCCACGACGGUGUUUGGCAGAGGUUUCUCGAUCCGAAUGCAAGCUGGAGCGAGGUUUUAAACUCUCAUCCGGUUUCAUCGAUCCCCAAGAAUGUUCUGAAAGCCCCUCCCCUGGAUACAGCCAAUCCUACGGCCGGACAUCUCUAUCUGCCGGUCCCCGCAUCUUCCGCAAAGAUUCGAACCGCGUCAGGCGGAAACGCAGCUUUGAGCUCCUCUGUCAUUCAAGGAGGUGCCAACACUAUUGGCCGAUUCCCCAGCGACACUACAAAUCUCAGCGAGCAGGAGCUUGAUCCAUACUUUACUACAUACGAAGCGUCCAUCAAAGAACUCGAACAGUUGCUGGCAGGGCCAAUGGAAAAGGUCAACCGUCGAACUCUCAGCCACUUAUCGUCUUUAGCCACGGAUCUUUGCGAACUGGGCUCCAGAUACAACGCUUUUGCUCUUUCUGAGCAAGCCCCUUCCCUUGGACCUGCGAUUGAGAAAAUUGGGCAGGCUGCUGAUUCAUCCUACAUUGCUACGGAAGAACUGGCCAGCUCACUCGGGGCCAGCUUCGCCGAGCCUAUGAGAGAAAACGCUCAGUUCGCUGGUGUCGUUAGAAGUGUUGUGAGGUAUCGGGUGCUCAAGCGCGUGCAGCAGGAUCUGACGGAGGAGGAGCUUGAGAAGAAGAGAUCACUGCUCGACCAGCUGGAGCGCAGUGAGUCCGAAGCCCGCCGCAUCGAGCAUUAUCUUUCGAGUAGCCAGCAAUUAUCAUCGCCUCCGAGACGGUCCACUAGCCUCCGAGAACCCCCAACAUACCAGAGACGCGAGGGUAACCAGGAGGACACCGAGUCCAUCGACUCUGAUUUCCCACCAACACACGGCGAUUUCCCACCGAGUACCCCGGAGGCUAGUCAAGGCGUUCCAGAGAGAAGCCCCAGUGCCUCGCACAAGAAGAUGCCCAGCAGCAACUCUAUUACCAACAGAAUCUUCGGUCCGCUUCGCCAUGCUGUGCAAGGCGUGGUUGACGUCGAUCCUGAGCGCACGCGUCGUGACACGAUUGGAAAGACUAGAGAGUCUAUUGGCCAGCUUGAGCAAGCUCAGGUAGUCUCGGAAAAGGAUGUCAAAGAAGCCAGCGCCAGUGUCUUCAAGGAUCUGCGGAGAUUUCAAAACGACAAGGAGGAAGACUUGCGCCGCUACAUGCUCGCCUAUGCCAAGAGUCAGGUUGAGUGGGCCAAGAAGAGCAAGCAACAGUGGGAGGAAGCUCGGGUCGAGGUCGACAAGAUUGAUGAAAGUUGA